CUUACUGAAGAGUUAGGAGAAUGACUUUUCAUUCAACCUGCCUAGUGAAAUACACUCGAGACUUCAAGUGCAACUAAACAAAAGCAGCUUGAGUGUGUGACCUUUAGUUGAAACACACCACAAGAUGGCGACCUGCUUUUCCUUGCACUCAGAGACUGCAGAUCAUGAUGUUAGACGGGCCUAAAAGAGAUGACAUUUGCAACUAUGUAUGCAUUGUAAUUGUCAACGUUUCAAUACAUCAUCGCUUAAAAGGCACAUUGAAAAUGUAAACUAUACGAUUACAGCCAUUGGAACCAGUGGAAUGCUUCUGUGGUUGCACAGCUUUUUCUUUUUACACUCAUACACACAGAGACACCAAAAAUGACCAACAUGCCUGCAAGGAUUUCAAAAAUAUAGACCAGCCCCAAUAUGAGAAAUGAAUAAGUAGAAUAUACAACACUUACUGUUUAUAGAAUCUCAAAGAGGUCGUGUGUUUAUAUUGAUUGAUCGACUGAUUGUAUGACAUUUGGGAAUAUUAAAAUGGCAUGUAAAUGUAAUACAUUUAUGAAGGAAAGGAGCACUCAUUGAGAGGAGACCCUCUCCUAAGCCAGGCAAAUUCAAAGAAUAGCGUACCGCACGAAUGCUAUUUUUAGACCGCAAGGCUGCGUGACAUCACCAUCAUAAACCGGAAGGGUGUCAACAUAGAAGCGUGCUCGUAUAUAACCCAUGUGAUUACUGCUUUUUUUCUGCCGGUAAUCUUUCAAAAAAGAACAUGCGGCGUAAACACUGCUGCUAUGGAACUUGUAGGAACGACUUUAAACAUUACGACUGUCCACAUAUGAAGGAUGUUUUCUUCAUACGUUUACUGAAGCCAAAAACUCAGAGGAAAAAAUGUGAACUAUGGAUCAACUUGUGCCUACGUCUAAAAGACCAGUUCAAUGCCAGUAAGGUGAAGCCAUUCGCCUUCAUAUGCAGUAAACAUUUUGUUGGGGGCCAUGGUCCUACACAUGACAAUCCGGAUCCAUUGCCUGCCACAGCCUGCCCCGAUGAGGUAAGACAUUGUGAGAGAGACAUAUGAGAGAGACAGAUUUAACAGCUUUACCUUUUAUGUUGUAGAGAAACAACCUUAGUAAGGGGGAAGUGUUAUUAAAUUAAUAGAAUUGAUUUGUUAUUAAUCAAAGAAUUAAACGUGUUCGUUGUCUGCCACUGAGAACCAUUUGCAAUAUAAAUUACCCCCAAGAACGGUCAGAGACGUAAGACAACCGGAGGAUAUGAUAUAUAAUAAAGACAGGGCAUAUGGUGGUAAAGGAUAGCUUGUUGAAACAGGAGAAUGUAAUUGUCAGUGGCGUAAGGCAUUGCACACAAGAAAAAGGUGUCGAUAAAAAAGCUACCUCUGGAUCACAUUGGCUCUUUUUCCCGUUUUUUUCAGCCCUCAACACUCAAGCCAUCUCUUUAACUGAACAUUUGUAUCUUCUUCCACAUCUUUACCAGUGAAUUUGGCACCAGGGACAUCAUUUUUGGACAGAAUUGAGGAUACUUGGCAUAGAGGAGAGGAGUGAGGGAGAUCUGGUGAUGAAGGAACAGCAUUGUUUGAAGAGAAAGAACAAAAAUGAAGAAUUUGACAAAAGUACAUAGGAGGUCUUAACAACUUAAAGGAUACAACAUCGAUCAACGGAUUCGUACUCCGUGGCGACUGUUGAUGGUUCCGUUAACCCGGCGCUGGGCCCUGUGCCCCAGCUGGCCUGCGGCAGCUCCAGCCCCGGCUCUGGAGGAUCACGGCACCCCGUCAGCACCUUGAAAAAGUGGCUCACCAGUCCAGUUCGUAAACUAAGCUCCGACGCCAGAGGAGCAAAUAGGCGGGUAGAGAAGCAGAUGUGCAGAUCGGACGGGAGACCGCAGCCAUCGCUCCUCUCCCAGCCAAAGCCUUUGGACCUGCAUGAUAGCAACUACACAAUCCUUCCCUCUGCAGAUGGAGUAUGGAAAGACAACCCGUUGAGUCCUAAAGCUUCAUCUCCUCUGCAGCCUUCCCAUCAGAUUGACUUAUCGGACCUUCUGCAAGGCGGAGAUGCUCAGAGUCUUAGCUACCAUACCAGUGUCAACACUCUCCAAGCUGACGACGUGAUGGAGGAUGCUGGAAGCCAGUGGUCUGUCGCGGUGGACAGUGAGGAAGAGAGAAACAUUGCCUUUGAGAAGAGUCUGUAUGUGCUGACAGAGCUGAUCGAGACAGAAAGGUUGUAUGUGGAAGAUCUUGGACUCAUUGUACAGGGCUAUAUGGCGACCAUGACCAAUCAGGGCGUUCCAGAAGACCUUAAAGGGAAAGAGAGGAUUGUUUUUGGAAACAUUCAACAGAUCCAUGACUGGCAUAAGAGUUAUUUCCUGGGCGAGCUGGAGAAAUGUGUGACAGACCCAGACUCUUUGGCCGAGCUCUUCAUCAAGCAUGAACGUCGUCUUCACAUGUAUGUGGUUUACUGUCAGAACAAGCCCAAAUCAGAGCAUGUUGUCUCUGAGUACAUUGAGACCUUUUUUGAGGAUCUCAGGCAGCAGUUGGGUCACAGGCUGCAACUCAACGACCUGCUGAUCAAGCCGGUCCAACGGAUCAUGAAGUAUCAGCUUCUGUUGAAGGACUUCCUAAAGUAUUACAGCAAAGCAGGACGGAAUGUAAAGCAACUUCAGAGGGCAGUGGAGGUGACUUGUUUUGUGCCUAAAAGAUGCAAUGACAUGAUGAAUUUAGGCAGGCUGCAAGGCUUUGAGGGUAAAAUCACAGCUCAGGGGAAACUUCUUCAGCAGGAUACUUUCUCUGUGAGUGAGCAGGAAGGCUGCAUCCUGUCCAGACCCAAAGAAAGGAGGGUCUUCCUGUUUGAGCAGCUGGUCAUCUUCAGCGAGCCAAUUGAUAAGAAAAAGGGAUUUUCUUUACCAGGCUAUACGUUUAAAAACAGCAUAAAGGUCAGCUGCUUGGGUGUGGAGCAGAAUUCCGGCGAGAGCCCAUGCUCUCUCGUCCUGACAUCCCGUGGGACAAAUAGCAGCGUGACUCGCUUUAUCAUGCAGGCAUUUUCUCCAGAAAUACAACAAGCUUGGCUAAGUGACGUACUGCAGAUUCUAGAGACCCAAAGGAACUUCCUUAAUGCCCUUCAGUCUCCGAUUGAGUACCAACGCAGGGAGAGCAAAUCAAACAGUCUCGGCAGGAACAUGAAGUCUCCGAGUAGCCUGCAGCCUUACUCAUCAGCGUCUAUGGACCGCCACCAGCAGCCCGGCCUGCUGGCUUACAACACCUCUCUUCCAUCGCUACAUCCGCAUCAUCACAGCCCAGCUGUGAAAGCAGUUUCUAACCCAUGUGCCACGACGCAUCAAGCGACCCGCCUUCAUAUGUCGUCAGAGCCACAGCUAACUUUGAGUCCUGAAGCGACUGGAAGCCACGGGAUGGCAAUUUCUCUGCCACCUUGCAGCCAGCACAGCAUGCAGGUUGUGACAGCUGCUUUCCAGGCAACCACUCUUAAUGACAGUAAAACCUGAGCACAUUAGUCAAAAACGCUCAGGCCUCGACAUCAAAACAUCUGGAUGGAGAACAAGUUGAGUGUACAACUGAAUGUGCAUGGAGUCAUUGCUAUUUUGAAUUGUACAAUUAAAAAAAAAUCCAUUCAAAGACAUUUUUGUUACCUGCAUAUACGGGGAGAUGUUUAAAAAAGAACUGACGACAUGGCAGAGACUCUUUGGUGACCCCUCAAGUUCCCAUCCUUAACAGAUAUUUGUACCCUGCAUAAUAGCCGAGUUUGGUAGGAUAGCCAUUGUUAGCUUGUUAUCUGUACCAAACACAUUUCUGCUUGUCACUGAGCAGAAAAAAGAGAAAGGGAACAGGCAAAAAGGAGUGCUCACCUGUACAGUAUUGCUCUUCCUAUGUUGUUUGACUUGGUGUUGUAAAUAAAAUUAAUCAAUGAAAGGAAAUCUUUCAGUAAUCCUGCAAUAUCUUGUUAUAAACUGCAAAACAAGCUCACAUGUAAAGUAUAUCCUAUACCUGGAGUUGAUAUCAUUCAUAUCAGCCAUUUUGUGGUUAACUUGUAUUUGCACUUUAUCACAUAAAUAAUUUUGUCUUGUUCACUGUACACAUGAAUGCAAGUUGCAGAAGGUGGCCUUUUUGUAAUAGGUUGUUUAGUUGGGUAGAUUCAUCGCCUAGUAAAUUAAUGCAAUGACCUUCAACGUGAAUACGCAUUGCCACCUAGAGGGGAAAAAAUGUAUUACAGUGUUGAACAUGUGACCCUUCAAAAUUUUUGCUGUUUGAAUUAUAUACAAGGACGUGGGGAUUAAAAUUGUGAAGGCCUUUUGAAAGAAUUGACUAAACUCACCCCAACAGUCAAAUUUUUAAUAAAUAAUAAAGUUUAAAAAACAAACAAACAAACAAAAAUACAUGAAACUCAUUCUGUAUGAAAAAAGGAGUAGUAAAUCAAAUAAUUGACAAAGCUGCAAGAAUAAAGUCGUUGGAUGAGAAGGAUGUACAUCAGAUACAAAACCAAAAGAGCUAACAAUUGAAACUAUUACAUAUUCUCGAUUUUUGUUGUCACAUUAAAUUUCCUUUAAAAAAGUUAUCUGAAAAUUACGUUUUCUCAAAAAAUGUAUGUAUCCAUGUUUCUAAAAAUGGUCAUUCAUAGACGUGUAUGUCAAUUGUAAAAUAUGUUAACUUGGCUAGUUUGCUAAAGAUUUUAUUUUGAAUGUAAUUUAAAAAAAAAAAUUAUAUUACUAUUUUCUUCAAUAAUUUAUUCUCUAUAAAUCAAUAAACCAGAUCCAUUAGAUGCAUGAAUGUAUGACUGGACUCUAAAUAGUAGAACAGAGUGAGUUUUGCCAACCUCCGACUUAAAAUUUUUUUGUCUCAUAAUGUUUCUAUUUUUAUGCAAGUAACGAUAAAACUUGAUCCACUGAUAUUUGCUUGUAAUUUUCUAAUACUUCGAGGUAUCAAACCUGCAUUGCUUAUAAAUGACUGUUUUCUAGACAAAACAUUGAACAAAUAAAUAGGAUCGCGAUUAGCAAAAUUCAGCUCUAUCUGCCGAUACAAAAGGCAUUCAUGCAGUCAUGAAAAAUAAAUUACCAUGAAAAAAAUCUUUUCAAUAGCGCCACUGCACUAGUUUUUAAAAUCUCUACAAUUUCUGUAAGCCUAUCUAGCAAAUUAUAGUGACAAAAGUACGGCCUUUAAAGACCAUGGUAUAAAAGAACAGUACUUCAGGAGUAAGAAGUGUAUGGUAAUAGAAGGUUGUUGUUUUUUUUUAAUGAUCCAUGGGUUUCCUCUAAUGCGCCAGCAAAAACCAAACACCAUUUCAUUGUGUCUUUAAACAUGCACUUUGGUCCAACAUUUGCCUGAGGCAGCGAUUGGGACAGUAUUUUAUGGUAUCAUAAAUUCAAACCACUGAAAUGACCUCAUACAUGUAAACAGAUUUUCUUCCACUGAAAUACACAAGUACACAGUAUACAUUUCUGAGAAAAAAAUGUUUGUGAGAAUACAGUACGACUCAGAAAAUUAGAAUACAGUCACAUGGAAAAAGUAUCUGAACCUUUUGGAAUUUGUCACAUUUCUGCAUGAAAUCGCCAUCAAAUGUGAUAUGAUCUGUCAAAAUCACACAGAUGAAAAACGGUGUCUGCUUGAACUAAAAAUGUUAAUGAGGAUAGUAUGCAACAACGACAGAAGGGGGAAAAAUAAGUGAAUCAUCACAUUCAAUAUUUUGUGCCCCCCUUUGGCAGCAAUAACAUCAACCAGACGCUUCACAUAGCUGCAAAUCCAUCUGGCACAUUGAUCAGGACUAAUAUUGGCCAUUCUUCUCUACAAAACUGCUGUAGUUCAGUAAGAUUCCUGAGAUGUCUGGCAUAAAUCGCUGUCUUUAGGUCAUGCCAUAGCAUCUCAAUGCAGUUCAAGUGUGGACUUGGCCGCUCCUGAAUAUGUAUCUUGUUCUUCUGAAACCAUUCUGAAGUUGAUUUACUUCUCUGUUUUCGAUCAUUGUAUUGUUGCAGCAUACAUCCUCUUUUAGCUUCAACUGUCUGAUAGACGGCCUCAGGUUUUCCUGCAAAACUUCCUGAUAAACUUUUGAAUUCAUUCUUCCACUAAUGAGUGCGGUUUGUCCAGGCCUUGAGGAAACAAAACAGCCCCAAAUCAUGAUGCUCCCUCCACCAUGCUUUACGGUUGGGAUGAGGUGUUGAUGUUGGUUAGCUGUUCCAUUUUUCCUCCGAACAUGACGUUGUUUUACUCCCAAACAAUUCAACUUUGGUUUCAUCAAGCCACAAAAUAUUUUGCCAAAACUUUUGUGGAGUGUCCAAGUGCCUUUUUGCAAACAUUAAACGAGCCACAAUGUUAUUUUUAGAAAGCAGUGGCUUCCCCCGUGGAGUCUUCCCAUGAACACCAUUCUUGGACAUAGUUUUACAUAUAGUUGAUGUGUGCACAUAGAUACUGGACUGUGCCAGUGAUUUCUGUAGACGCUCUAGGGUUCCUUUUUACCUCUCUGAGUAUUCUGCGCUGAACUCUUGGCGUCAUCUUCGGUGGACGGCCACUCCUUGGGAGAGAAGAAACAGUUCCAAACUCUCUUAAUUUGUAGACAACUUCUCUGACUGUCAAUUGAUGAACAUCCAGACUUUUAGAGAUGGUUUUGUAUCCUUUCCCAGCUUUAUACAAAUCAACAAUCCUUGAUCGCAGGUCUUCAGACAGCUCUUUUGACCAAGCCAUGAUGCACAUCAGACAAUGCUUCUCAUCAAGAUCAUUCUUACCAGGUGUCUGUUUUAUAGUGGGCAGGCCAGCUUUAAACCACUCAUCAGUGAUUGAGCACACCUGACUGAGGGGCAGUUUACAUGGCAACUUUGCGACAUGAAGACGCAAUGACUGAGUAGCGGGAUUGCCUCGCGUGCAUAUUGAAUUGGCGAAGACGAAAGGCAAAGACGAAAAAUUCUGAAUCCUGCCUCUAAAGUGGAAGAAUUCGAUUACGGGGGUCGCAGUGCAUUCAUAUGCAGGGAAACCGCCUUCGUUUCGAUGACGGAAGCAUUCGCGCACGUCACACGGGCGUGCGCAGCAGUGCUAUUAAACAUUAAAAACAGCAAAUGGCGGAACGUCGGCUUUAAUUUAUUGUUUUCAUAAUAUUUUUAAUUUAAAUAUGUUGAAUGUUUCCAUUUUUGUGCCUUUUUUAACAAAAUAAAAUGCCAUUUCUUGGAGAGGGCAUGCAUGUUGUCUUCCGGGCUGAGGAGGUCAAAGUGCAUCAUUCGCUGUCGCCUUGUAAUCUGCACUGCCGCCUAGGUCCUGGCGUGAAUACUACAUCGUUUUCAUACGGAAUUGCGACAUUAUUCGAAUGGAAUCGGAACCAUAUAAAUGCAAACAUGAAAUUUUUCGUCCUCUCUGAGAGUCACCAUGUAAACUGCCCCUUAAUAUGUCUGGUGAAAAUUGGUUUCAAUUGCUCUUUAAGUCUCAUUUGGCAGAGGAGUAACUUAUUUUUCGCCCUUCUGUCAUUGAUUGCAUGCCAUCCUCAUUAAAAUAUGAAAACCUAUAAAUGUUUGGGUGGUUUUAGUUAAAGCAGAUGCUGUUUUUACAUCUGUGUGAUUUUGACAAAGAUCAGAUCACAUUUGAUGUUGAUUUUAUGCAGAUAUGUAAGAAAAUCCAAAAGGUUCGGAUACUUUUUAAUACCAUUGUAUCCUGCCGGAUCAGCAAUCUUCCCCAUGUCAAGCUAAGACUGACUUCCUAAAGGCUCAGGACACUUUUACAAGUGUUUUGAAUCACACAAGCCAACUGUGUACAAAGCUGAAGUUUUCACAGUAUUCUUAAUUUUCUGAGUUUGUGGUUUUAAUCAGAGGAAAAUCUUAAACAGGAAAGUUACAUUAAGGAACUGCUUGAGAUAUAUCAAUUUGUGUGUAAUGGCUCAAUAACAUUUUGUUGGUUUCGCCUUUUGUGUUAAAUCUCCAAAAUAAAACAACUUUUACUUGAUAUUGUAAUUUUUGAGUAGUACUGUAUUUUAUGACUGUAUAAAUUGUAUCACUUGUCAAUAUGAUCAGGGAAAAAAAGUUCAAUCACAUGUAUGGGAGCAUUUCAAUAGUGUGUACGGUGAAUUAUGCCCCUGAAGGCCCCUCAUAACACAUCCACGCGCACACACCCCCAUACACUACCAGAUCAGCUUUCACACAUUUCCAGGCAGACGAGAUGAUGGACUUAAGACAUGUUCACAAACAGGAAAAACAGUGUUAAGAAGGCUAGCAAAAAUAAACAUUUCAAAGCCAAACCAGUGACAAUACUAAGUAGCUC